AUGGCAACUUCGAAAGUUCUAAGCAUUGCUAUCUUUGUGCUGUUGGGUUUAAGCAUGUGUUCUGCUACUAGAAAACUCUCCCAAGGAGGAUCUAGAGGACUGUUUGGUGGUGGUGGACUUCCUGGUGGAGGACUGCCUGGUGGUCGUGGACUUCCUAAUGUAGGAUCUGGUGGAGGACUGCCUGUUGGUGGUGGACUUCCUGUUGUAGGAUCUGGUGGAGGACUGCCUGGUGGUGGUGGACUUCCUGUUGUAGGAUCUGGUGGAGGACUGCCUUUUGGUGGUGGACUUCCUGUUGUAGGAUCUAGUGGAGGACUGCCUGGUGGUGGUGGACUUCCUGUUGUAGGAUCUGGUGGAGGACUGCCUUUUGGUGGAGGACUGCCUGGUGGUGGUGGACUUCCUGUUGUAGGAUCUGGUGGACUGCCUGGUGGUGGUGGACUUCCUGUUGUAGGAUUUGGUGGAGGACUGCCUUUUGGUGGUGGACUUCCUGUUGUAGGAUCUGGUGGAGGACUGCCUGGUGGUGGUGGACUUCCUGUUGUAGGCAUCGUGGGAAUACUGCCUAUUGUUGGUCCAAUUCUUGGUGGAUAGUGCCGUGAAGGUGGGCAUAUUGGAAAUAAUGACGGCGUUGUAUCUCAUGGUCAUCACCAAGCCUAUAAUGAUAUCUUCAUAAAUAAUAAAUAAUAUAGGGAUCCAAAAGAGCAAUUAAGCCUAAAUAAUAUCUAUAGCUCUGCUCCUAUUAUAAACUUUAAUAAGAUAUGAUUAUAAACAAGAAUAAGAUGCUCCUAUUAUAAACUUUAAUAAGAUAUGAUUAUAAACAAGAAUAAGAUAUGAUUAUAAACUUUAAUUAAUAAUAUAUUUACAAUUACAAUGUUAAGUUCA